AUGCGCCAUGUGAUAAAGUGGCUUUGUCAAGCAAGGGGAUGUGUGCAGUGGAGCUAUUUCAAAGCUUAUCGCCUCGCUUUUAAGGCUAAUAUUCCUAUUAUCUUGUUUAAAAAUAAAAUUUACUUGUUUAUUCUAGACGAUUUACAAUGGCGGCAUCGCACUUCUAACUUAUCUAUUUUUUCCUUUGAUUGGUGUGUUCAAGGUCAAUGCCUAUUCGACAAAUGGGAGAGCAGUGAUGAGGUGAAAAAGGAAGCGAAUGCCGAUACCACCGAGAGUGCCAACGCUUCGAAGACGCCAAGCCCCUCAAGUAUUGACCCUAAAAAUCAAGCAAUAGCUCAAAAGUGCCUCGUUAGACGUCCAGACAUCAUAAAGUCAAGUGAAAGAUGUAUUAAAUACACUACUGAAAAGGUUAAGUGGAUUCUAACAUCUGAUGAAGAAAUACAAGUCAGAUUUCAGAUCUCAUUAGUUUUUAUUCCUUUACCAUAUCAGAGGAGGGAUGAAGGAAUAACAGCAGCAGGGAAAAAUACUAAUGUUUUGUCGGAAUAUAGCCAAAAUAAAUAUGGAAAAAUUCAUCAAGAAAUAAAGGCUAGACCGUCAAAAAUUAACAAUAAAAUAACUUUAGAGAACAAGUCUAGUUAUUUGGCGGCGUCAGGUGUCCUGGUAGCAGGUGUUAAAAUUUUGACCUCCGGAGUCAUAUAA